CGGUACCAGAGUGCGUGUAUGUAUGUUACGCGCAAUAAUUGAUAUUUAUUUUCUUUUCCGUUCUUUAUUUUUUAAAAAAAAAUUAUGUUCUCUUAUUUGUAUGUCGGUCGGUCUGUUUCCCGGACAAACUGAUUUCUCUCUCAUUUACAUGGAUUCUUCCCUCAUUCCAAUUUCAAUCUAGACUUCAACAAUUUCUUAUGCAUUCAGGCGAAGGAAAAGAAAACCAAGCGAAAGGAGAAAAUGAACCAGACGAUGCUCUGUCAUCAUGAGCCUAACUCCCCACUUACCUAAUGUUAAUUCUAACCCAAAUUCCGUCGAAUCGUCCAAUUCCACCGCCAGCAUUUUUCUAGGUGGUGUGCGGAGAUCGUGGAUGCUGAAUGCAGCCAACAGUUCCUCUUCAUUCUCCGGCCACUCCGAAUUACCUGACGAUUCGGCUACCGCUACUCCUUCGAAUAACGGUGUUGCUGUUUCUGCUACUGAUGCUACUGAUGCUACUGAUGCUGCUGCUGCUGCUGCUGGCCGGACGCGUCAACAAGGCAUGCGAGAGUCGUGCUCUCUUCGCGUGCUUCCCGUGCCAUCCCAAAGUCAUGAAGAGAAUGCCGCGUCAGUCACCACUUCUGCCGCCGCUCUGCCCUCACAACCUCAAUCGCAGCCGAAUGUAAUAUCCCCGGUGACUCGCGGUCACGCACAGCAGCAGUUCCAGCAGCAAUCUUCCGUUUCUCAGGGCUCGCCGGGGCCCGACCCUCCUCUAGCAGCGACAGCUACCACAACCACUGUGGUGUCUCGGCCGUCCGCUUUACGUACCCUCCACACCCCGAUCGUAGUCCCUUCUCCAAUACAUGACAGCUCCAGCAAUGUCGUUACUUGCAAUGGCGCGAGUCCCUCGGUUGCAGCUUUUCCGUCCCCUCGCACCGUGGGGCCAGCGCCGCUGCCUCACCAGUCCCAGGUCGGGACAGCAGUGUCUAUAUCUUCACCAGCUGGGGUUGAAGCCGCGAAUAUUAUAGCCGGGAAUUCUACCAGGGCCGGACACCAAUGGGAAAGGAGCAAUAUUUCAGUGCAACUGCAGAGACGGGACUCGCACGCAUCUCACUCACACUCUCCAGCUUUGUCUCCAGCUUUCCCACCGUCUGCCGCAUCCCCUAGGCAACAGAUGGUGCAGUCCCCUAGUGCAUCCCGGCGCAAUCCUUUCCACAAUCCCCUUCUGGAUGACGCAUUUUACGAACAAUCGUUGAAGACAAUUGAAAAUUUCCAAAAUCAACUGAAGCAGAGGGAUUGUCUCGGAAAUGUAGAACAGCCACGGACGCAGCUUCUGUACCAAGCCUGUGCUGAACGAGACCCUCUGUUUCUCGCGAUUCAUCAGGUGUAUUGUUUGCAUAGCCUUGCCCCCCAAGAAUUUUUCCAGCUGCCGGGAUAUACCGGGCUUCAGGAGUGUGGCUUAGAUGUGAUUAGGAGACUCUUAGUAGAAAACAAUCGGGUCUCAGGGGGUUUUCUCAGAUGGUCUGCUCAGUUCCCUGCCCCACUUAUAGGGUUGAUACAGAGUUCUAGAUAUGGACAAGCUGUGGAGCAGGCCGGGCAAUGUCUCCGCUUGCUAGGUGAAAAGUGGCCCAUGUAUGUGAAGGAAGUGCGAAAGCGAGAGUUUCCACCGUUGGUCGAGGAGCUUGUGAAGAACUUCGGAAUCACAUCGGGGGCUUUAGCGUAUACGGUCUUUCUGUCCACGUGUCGUACAUUGCCCGGGUCCAAGAGUGAAGAGCAUUUGAAGGCCGUCUGGGAGCUAGAUCUACGGUACUACCAACAGCGUUGCGCAUCAUCGCGUCUGGUGUCUAAUGCACAAGUUUACGAAGAGACCCAGAAGGUCGUUCAGGCAUACCGCUCGGUUCCUGCACCAGAUGGCACGCAUCAGUCGGGGCCACCCCCGAACCUGUCCCAUGGGCCCACGUCGAUCGGAGAUCCAAUGGUACAUCUGGUGGCCAGACCUACGAGCACCGGUAGUCCUCAAGUCCGCAAUCCCCAGAUGACGCUUCCAUUGCCCAGUCAACCCGGCCCCUGGGUGUCGCAGGGUACAAUGAGUACACAUUCCCAUCCUUUGCCAGUUAUGAUGACGAGUCGUGGAGGUUCGGUGCCUCAUUCAGUGACCAGGUCGUCAGGCGCUCCAAUACCUCAACCCGUUAAUCCUGAGGUAGCCUCCCCAACAUCGUAUCAGUUCAUGCCUCCAACGGCGCGCAUGCCAGCCAACGCCUCGGGCUCUUACCCUUCGGCUCCUGUUCACAGUCGACGUUCAAGUUGGACUAAUGGCGCUCCGACCACUCCACAUACUUACACACUUCAGGUGUCCGAUCCAAUGUCGAGAGCAACCGGUGCUCCAGCCCAAGCAGCUGUUCCGCCGAUGGUAUAUCCGUCCCAAAUUGCGCAUCCUCCACCGGGAGGCAGAAUCCCGUCGAUGCAACCCGCAGUCCAAGGUCCACGACAGGUACCGGCACGGCCACCUCAGCUAGAGCUACGAAACAAUGGGGCUGGUCCGUCGGGGCAACCAGUGAAUCUGAGGCAUCAUACUCAACCCCCACACUCUCCAGUGUCUCAACGACCGCCUCGUCCACAUCCCCCGCCUACCCUUCUUCUUCCCCUUCCAGACUCACAUCCAUUUUAUACAAUCCCGCCCCAACCGCUGCGGGAUGCUCUUCAUCAGGUCCACCUACGUGACCCACACAAUUACCUGCUUUCUAGAGGGCCUACAGGCGAGCAGGAGAUGGAAUUGUUCCAAUAUCUCAGUUCGUUCGCUGUGCCACCGACACCACUCGGGCGGGAGCAGUGUGCCUUCCAUUGGAAGUUCACUUUGUCAAAGGAUAAUCUAGACCAGUUUCCUAAAUCUCGCCCGGCAGGGAUAGGACAGCGCUCGUUCCGUUUCUAUUCUAGUGGCAAUCGGGUAUAUCGACUACGGUGUAUCAAGAUGCCCUCGGCAGCCAGUGAGGUCGCAGAGUCGAUGUGGUCUGUUACUGAAUCGGUGUGGCCGAGUGUUUUUUAUGUUCACGUCAAUGGGGUGGAGCUUUUUGUUCGCCGACGAGUGCAUAAUGGUAAAGAUCUCCCGUUAGAUAUCACCGAUCAUCUUAGGGAAGGGGAUAAUAUGAUAUCCUUAUAUUUUAUCCGCAGCCCAGCUGAAGCAAACGAUAUGUUAUACGCAAUGGGAGUUGAAGUGUUGGAGAUAUCAGAUCUGGUUCGAGCAUUUUCACUUGCUCAAGCCUUACCCGCUUCUGAAUGUCGGGAGCAGAUUUGCCAGCGUCUCUCUUCUAGCUCGCAGGACGAUGAAGUGAGUGUUGUCAGUGACCAUCUCAGCAUCAACCUCGUGGAUCCUUUCACCGCACGAAUUUUCAGUCGCCCUGUACGCGGACGCUCCUGUGGACACCGGGACUGCUUUGAUCACUUGACCUGGAUACAGACGCGUGCCUCGAAGUCGGGAAAACGCAGCCUGAAAAAUGACUGGAAAUGUCCCAUUUGCGGCAGAGAUGCGCGUCCCCAGCAAUUGGUCAUCGAUGGUUACCUUCAGGAAGUGCGCGCGGAGUUAGCACGCACCAACCGACUCGAAGGAGCAAAGGCAAUCCUCAUCAAAGCCGACGGAUCCUGGGAAUUAAAAUCAGAAUCAGACGCACAACCCUCUUCAGAACGCGGCCCCGAUAACACCGGGGAACGAGUCCCGUCUAAACGGAAAGCAUCCGAACCCAGUAAUCAUUCCCCAGCUCCAGCUACUCAGAGGCCAAAAUCUGAACGGACCAAUUCCGUGAACGGGCCGGUCAGCAAUGCUCACCCACCCGAAGUCAUUACGCUGGAUUAAACAAGAAAAAGAGAGUGAAAAAAAAAUUGUCAACAUCGCUAUCGAGUCCCUUACCAAGGAGAGAACUCCUGCAUGACUGAUGACUUCAUUUGUUCUACUUCCUGCCUUGCAAGUUCUUAGCAUACGUGAGCUCUGCGAUUUUCUUUUUGUCAAAUAAGUCAGGCGCUUUUGUUUUGAUUACGAUACCCAGCUUGCUUAAAUUGUUGUUAUUGGUUCUUACUUCCCUUUUUGUCUCCUUUCUAUCUCGCACUCUUGAUUCAACCACUGCAUGGGACUGCGUGUAAAAUUUUGGAUUGGUUGGUCUUUCUUUAUCUCUUACGCUUUCAUCUCUUACCUCGGAAUGUAUGCAGACAUGUACAGUAUACCAAAACAACACAGAAGGGGAAGGAUGAUUUGAACGUCGAUACAAACGUACCUUUAUAGUAUCAAAGGAAGUACUAGGUUAGGUUCUCUAAAUCAGUAGAAUCGUUGAGACGGCAUGGUCUAUGUGCUGGGUACAAUUAAUAUACAUACAUAUAUAUAUAUAUACACACAGAGUACAAGCUCA